AUGGUGGGCGACGACGACCCAAGUCUCAGAAACGGGAAUGAAGAAGGUGCCUCGAGAGCUGGGGAGAACGAUAACGUUUUACGUCCUAGGAGAGAUGAUAGUGGCUUGAGAAAUGAGAAGCAUGAUACUUCUCCAGGUAGAAGGAAAGAUGAUGUAUCACCUUCCGAUCCAGGUGGAAGGAAGGAAGAUGGAGAUGAUAUGAAAAGACACAAGGUCAUGAGAGCUUGUGAUGUUUGUAGAAGAAAGAAGAUACGGUGUGAUGGACCAAUGACUAGUGAUUCGGCCAGCAAAUGCGCACAUUGCCAAGAUUGCGGUUUUGAAUGCACCUACCUUGAAGCUGCCAAACGUCGCGGACCGCUGAAAGGAUAUGUGGAGACAUUAGAACAACGUUGUGGAAGACUAGAGAAUAUAUUGAAACAGCUUUACCCUCAAGUCGAUUUCAAUCAAUACGUCGGUCCAGUACCUGACAGGGAUCAUUUUGACAAUUCGGAAUACAUCGAAACUCUACGCAUAAUGCAGAUACCUCCUUGGCCGGCUGUCAAACCUUUCACAAUUCCCACUUCUCACCCUUCCAUCCGUGAAUCUUCAAGCGUCGAUUCAUCCGUUUCCUCCCCUGCCGCAGCCGCUCCUUCACCUUCUUUACGAGUUCUUGGACCUCUACCUUGGAAAUCAUACGAACAAGAUCCUAAUCGACCCCCUCAAGACGAGGAAGAUGCCGAAAAUCACCAUGCCGCUCAAGCCGAUAUCGCCAAAGCCAUGGCCAGACUCGAAGUCAGGGACAACACAUGGCGAUUUCACGGUAAAGCCUCUGCUGCACUUCUCACACGAGCCAUCGGUGACCUCAAAUACCGAGCUGGACGUCCCGAUUUGAUCGAUAGGAUACAUACUAGUAAAAGAGCGGAAUAUUGGCGCGUACCAGAAUGGGAAAUUGUCAUUGCCAAUGAAACUGUUCAACAGGUCGAUCUUUCCAUCUGGCCAGAACCAGAUCUCGCUACUUCACUCAUAGAUGCUUAUUUCACCCAUGUCAAUUUCCAUCUUCCAUUGUUAAACCACCUCAUCUUCCGACGUCAAUACGCCGAUAGAUUGUACGAUACCAAUCAUGAAUUUGCCAAGGUCUGUCUGAUGGUUUUCGCCAAUGGUUCGAGAUUUGUCGACGAUGAUCGAGUCUAUUGGCCUGUCGAUUCUGCAAUGUCUGAAGAAGGAAGGGAACGUCUGCGUUCUGACAAAGAUGGAACGUUGAAAUAUUCUGCGGGAUGGAAUUAUCUUCGAGCUUUGAUCAAGAUGGGUCGAAGUUUGAUGCAAACACCAACUUUAUUCGAAUUUCAAUGUCAAGUCCUCGUCUGUGCCUUCCUUCAAGGUUCCGCCGUACCACAUCUUAUGUGGCUUUGUUCUGGAAUGGGUUUACGAUCCGCUCAGGAACUUGGUAUACACGUACGAUCCACAUUGUUACACGCUCAUCCAGUCGAACGUGCAUUGUUCGGACGAGCUUUCUGGUGUUUAUAUCACAUUGACAGAGUCAACUGUGCCGCCAUCGGUAGAAGUGUCGCUUUGCAGGAUACGGAUUUCGAUGCAGAUUAUCCGAUCGCUGUGGAUGACGAAUAUUGGGAGACUGGUGACCCAACAAGAGAUUUCAAACAACCUGAAUCUGCUGGUGUUCCAAAAGUAACAGCUUUCAUUCAUCUAUUGAAACUUGAUCAUGUCAUCGGUGCGGCUCUUCGUACUAUCUACGCUAUCAAUCAAUCCCCCGAACAUCGUGCCGAUUCGGCGGGAAAACGUGCUGUUGUAGUUGAACUCGAUUCCGCUCUCAACACAUGGGCAGAUGCUGUACCUGAUGGUUUACGAUGGGAUCCAACACGUUCAGAUCAACAAUUAUUCGAACAAUCAGCAAUCAUGUAUAGUCAUUAUUAUUAUUGUCAAAUCCUCAUUCAUAGACCUUAUCUUCCUUUACCCAAACAAGGUGAACAUAUCGAUCCACAAGUAUCCGAAUUAGGUUUACCUUCUCUGGCCAUUUGUGCCAAUGCGGCAAGAUCGAUAUGUAACAUUCUCGAUGCUGUACUUCGUCGUGGUAGACAAUUCGGUGCAUUACCAGGAAGAGCUAUAAACGUUUCUUUCAUGUUACCAGCUUAUGUAGCUGCUGUCACUCGACUUCUAGGUGUUUACCUCGGAAAUCCUAGUUCACAAGAAAGAGAACGUGCAAUCACAGAUGUCAAACGAUGUAUCGCGGCUAUGAAAGAGAUGGAGAUGACAUGGCGUCAAGCUGGGAAAAUGACGGAUAUGUUAGUAGAAUUGGUCAAGGAU